AUGUCUUCCUGUCUUCCAAACCGUAGUCUUCUCCUGAUCGAGAAAAUGGCUGGGAAUCCUUUAACCACGGUUGAUAUAUCUAAACCAGAUAAAGUUACAGUAGCUAAGGAGUUGUUAGAUGCUUUGGUAUCCCAGGGUUUUGUUUUCAUAGACGGUCAUGACUUUCAAGCUGAUGAAGUUAACAAAAUAUUCGACUUGUCCAAAGAAUUUUUCAAAUUGCCCUUAGAGUACAAGCAAAAAUUCCCUUUUGAUAGCUCUAAUUCUGGGUAUAUUCAAUUCAAUAGAGAAAACCUUGACCCGUCGCAAAAGAAAGAUUUCAAAGAAGGGUUAAACUUUAGUGGUAUUGAUUUUACAUCAGGAGAGCCUUCUGGGCCAGUUCCAGAAUGGUUCAUUGAGGAUACUUCACGUCACGAGUUUGUGAAGAAGACGAUCUUGAAGUUGAAUCAAUUGGCACUCGAUCUACUCGUCGUCUUAGCUAGAGCUCUUGACAUCCAAGAUAAUGAUGAGUGUCCAGGUAUCGAAUGGUUCACCUCUAGAUACAAGCCUACUUCCAAGUCAGGUUCAACUCUUCGGUUUUUGCACUAUCCAGCCCAAAACUCCGAUGAUGAGCUGAGUGAGGUUCGUGCUGGUGCACAUACCGAUUAUGGCUCCAUGACGCUUUUAUUUCAAAAAGAGCACCAAGAAGGACUUGAGAUUUACAGUCCACUUAGCAAGAAAUGGGAAAAGGUGCCUUUUAUUACUAGUAGCAAACCCGGUAUGGCACCUCCAAUAAUUGUAAACAUUGGCGAUUUGUUGAGUUAUUGGACGGCUGGAUUGUUGAAAAGCACAAUUCACAGAGUUAGAUUCAGCAAUGCUCAAGCAGAAGAUAGAUACUCAAUUGUUUUCUUCAGUCAUCCAAGUGAUGAAACAUUGUUAGAACCCGUGCCUAGUGAAUUGUUGAGGGAUCGCACUGGUAGAGGAGUAGCCAAAGACACUGAGUACAUCACUGCUUUACAACACUUACAAAAGAAGAUAGCGAAUACUUAUGGCUAUUGA